GUUGUGAAAUCCGGAGCGCCAUAACCAUCCGACUUGACUCGUCUUCUGUCAAGGACAACUGCAACUACAGAGCUCACGCGCACUUGUUUUCACUUCUACGUCUGCGACAGACCUCUGAAAAGAUGAAGAGGAGUCGAUCGUACAGCGAGGGUGGGGGAGGUCAAGAGCUUAAUAUAGGAGUUAACUUGCACAACGGUAACGCUCUAAUACAGCCGCGGGCAAGUGUGCCCUCAAUGUCACAUCCACAAACAUCCCUUUCUCUGGCGUCUUCGGAUGGUCGCGUGGGCACUGGGAUUGAACCCGGCUGGGCUGGCAGUACGCAACUUCGCGAGUCGCCUACAGAAAGUGCCAGUUCUAGAGAGACAUGGCCUACGCAAGGGAUAUCUCAGCAAGACAUGACUGGAGGACAAGGACACAACGAAGAAUUAGAAGACGGAGAUGAAGAAGAAGCAGAGCAAAAGGUUGUUCAGCGAGUGAAUACUUCCAACCGAAUUCAGCCCCGAGAUAUCAUACAGGAAGGUCUAGGUGUCAUGGCUCAGCGUAUGCGUGAGCAACCUGAUGAAUCUCUAGAGGAAUUGAAGGCCGAUGUGCGGGAUAUUCUUGGCAAUUUAAAUCGCAGAGAGGAAUUUUCUCUUCUUCAGAGGCUGUUAACAGUGCGCCGUGAUCUCAACCCUGAAAGUCUUAUGCGGGCCCAUAGAACUCAGCUUGAGAUAUUCGUUGCUCUUAAAACUGGAAUAUUGGCCUUUCUUCUUCCAGACAUAAAUGUGUUUCACACUGCAUUAGUCGAAAUUUUCUUCCACAAAACCUGCCGCAACAUCUCUUGUCGAAGCCCGCUCCCAGCCAAUGACUGCGCAUGUGAAUGUUGUAGGUCCAUGACUGGUUUCUGUAACCAGUGCAUGUGUGUGAUGUGUAGCAAGUUUGAUUUCGAUGCAAACACGUUCCGGUGGCUGGGGUGCGAUGUUUGUUCACACUGGACACAUUCAGAUUGUGCCAUGAGAGGAGGAGCAAUAUCUAUGGGUGUAAGUAAUAAGGCAAGGUCUGACCGCGCCUCAAGCACUCCUGAAUUGAUUUUCCGAUGUAGAGCUUGUGGAGGUGUUUCUGAACUUCUAGGCUGGGCCAAAGAUGUAUUUCAAAAUUGCGCUUUGCGUUGGGAGAGAGACACUUUGGGGAAAGAGCUUGACUAUGUACGAAGGAUUUUCCACAUCGCCGAGGACACGAAAGGGAAACAUCUUUACUGGAAGUCGCAAGAGGUUUUAGAUAAAAUGAAGAAUGGGCUUGACACAAGUUCUGCAAUCAAGGUCAUGCUGUGCUUUUUUCAAGCAGAGGCUGAGAAUGCGGAGGUUAAAGACGUGGACAGAGAUGAUGUCAAAGUCCUCGACAGAAGAGAAGUUUGUGAUCGUGUUGCUGAGGUUGUUCGAGAAGCCAUUGCGAAAAUAGAGGGUGUAGCUGAGGAAAAGGCUUUAAUAGUAAAGAAGGCUCGAUUGGCACUUGAAUCAUCAGAAAGAGAGCUUAAAGACAAGAAACAGGAGCUCGCGGACCUGCAGUACGAGAAACAGAGAAAGAAGCAACAAAUUGAAGAGCUGGAGUCAAUUGUGAGACUAAAGAGAGCAGAGGCAGAUAUGUUCCAGUUUAAAUCUGACGAAGCCAAGAGAGAGGCCGAGGGCCUUCAGCGAAUUGUGUCAGCUAAAGCAGAAAAGGUUGAAGAAGAAUAUGCAAGCAGGUAUCUCAAGCUGCGCUUAGAAGAAGCAGAAGCUGAGCGUCGCCUGCUCUUUGAUAAGCUCCAGGGUCCAGAUGCUAUGCGCUUCCUGAAGGGAUCAGAUCCAACUCAGAUGCUUCUUCUCAACAAGAUCCAUGGUUUAUUUGAGAGAGUUGGUAUGGUCUCCACUAUGCCACCCGAGGGUCCAUCUACUCCUGGGAAUACUUCAAACGCAGGGUCGAUGCGAAGUUUACCCUCGCCUUCAGAUCCAGCAACUUGAAAGAGUUGCUUUCAGAUUCCUGCGAUUGCAGUGCGAAUGAUUCUGGGGGCUCCGAAUUUAGAGAAUAGUUUCGCAAGUCAAUCGCCUUCUGGAAGUGAACAUCAGAGAGUAAUAUCGAUUAAAGUGAAAAAGGAAGGCUGAAGUUUACAUCCUUUGCUGAGGAGUUCUGAUGGUUAACAGAUUUGUUGCUGAAUUCUUUGCAUGGGCUUCGCAUUCGACCAGAGUUGCCUUCGCAUGCACAAAUCUUUUUAAAUCUGGUCCAUUGUGGGUGUUCAGCAAUAGCGAGGACGAACAACCAGGAUUAAACCCGCUCAUUUCAUCUCGAUAUUUGGCGUAUCUCCUAUUCAGGGAAGUUAUUUUUGUGCAAUACAUGGAGACUUAUUUUCGAGGGUAUGGUACAAUCCUGAACCUCGUACCCCCAAAAAGAACCAUUUAGUUAGAGCUUAGUUUUGGUAAAUCUAUAAUGCAUUGUGGGGCAAAGACAUCGUUUAAGAGUUUGAGAUCUCGCCAUCUCAAAUAUCGUACACAAAUUUUGGAGGAAGUUGAUUUCAGAGCUGAAGAGUGUUAGCCUAAACUUUUCAUACAUGGUGCUUAACGUGGGUUAGUGGAAGAGUCCAUAUAUUUACUGACCAUCAUAAUUGAUUCAAUUUGGAAGAUAGGAUUUCAGUCGAUACUCUCUUGAAAGUUCUAUAAAGUUAUUGCAACUGUAGUAUAUGCUUAUGGGGUCCUUUAAUAGUAUUUAAUUUGUAUCAUUAAAAUGUCACUUUAUUUGGAAAGGUAGGUGCUUGUAAUCCUUGAAAAUUGCGUCAAUAAGCAAAGUUUGCUUUCAAA